GCCGCCGCUGCCGUCGCCGCCGCCGCCGCCGCCGCCGCCAGCACCGUCACCACCACCAUCCCCUGCUGAUGACGGCAGACCGGCUCUGACAGUGGCUCGGCUGACCUGUGACAGCCGAGGCGUCAGUCCUCGGUGCGCCAGUGUGCCGUGUGGAGCGGUCUCGCGCGCGCGCGUCACGCUCACGUCUACCGCGGAGCAGCACGACGCGCGGAUCGCGUGGACGUGGUCAGCUGUCAAACUCUGCGUGGAUCGCUCCGACGAGGCCCCCGCUGCUGAGACCCCGCGCGCCCGGUGAAUCAUCAGCGAGAUUCCCGAGAAAGAGACAGAGAGGGGGAAGGAAAGGAAGAGGGAAGAUCGAGUGCGACGGAUCGUGGGAAGCCGCGCGCAGUUUCCGCGGCGAAGAAGACCCGAUUCCUGUGAACGAUCUGCGUCCGACGUGAUUUCCACGCUCGGCUUUUCCGUAAGAUGCACGUCGUCCUCGACACUGCAAAGUCGACGUCGAGCGGUAUCCACCGGGCGCGGACCGGGCGAUAUUCGACGCGUGCGAGUGAGUGACUGGCUCGAGAAGGAUAGAAUCCAGGAUUCCCCAUCCCCCCUCCGAAGGGUGACACGCGACGGGUCAAACGCAGCGCGGCGCGACGAGACGCGAUGACGGAACUCGCCAAGGAGGCGUUCACCUCGCGCGACUACCACCUGGCGGCCGAGAUGUACGAGCUGAGCAGCCUGAAUCAGCAGAAUACAAACUACGAGGUGCUGCUCGGUUUCGGCGACUCCCUGGCCAAGUGUGGCCGUAUCAUGGACUCCAUCGGGAUCUACACGAGGUGCUUGGCCACGACGUCGGUGCCGGCCGAGAGGCUGAAACACCUGGCGACCGCACUCCUGGACGACAUGGCCGGUUCCGGACUGACCUCCAGACGGAGAAUCGAGGCGUCCUUCGCGUGUCCACUCUGCGAAGGCACCCUCUGUCAACCGGUGACCGCCGGCUGCGGUCACACUUACUGCAGGAACUGCGUGGACCCGGCGAAGAAUUGUCGCGUGUGCGGCCUGAAGAUGGUCGCUGUGGGUGAGACGAACGUGCUCGUACAGAGGCUCGUGGAGAGAUGGUGGCCGCGAGAAGUGGAGGCCAGUCGGGCCAGGCACGAAGGUGAUAUUCUCGUGAGGAAGGGUCACCUGGGUCAAGCACUCGAGAGGUACAACCUGGCGGUUCAUCUCGCGCCGAACAGCCCGCUCCACCUUAGCAACAGGGCUCACGUCUUGCUCCUGUUGAAUAGGCCUUCAGCCGCUCUCACGGACGCUGAUCAUGCAGUUAGAUUGCGGCCGGACUGGGGCAAGGGACACUACAGGAGGGGGAUCGCUCUGUCGGCACUCGGCCGGCACGAGGAGGCGCUCUACGCGCUUUGCAUCAGCGUGGCCAUCGACAAGAAUCCGCAGGCUGUGCGUCACGAAUUGACCAAGAUCCUGCACAGAGUACUGUCGCCCGGAGUGUGUCGGCAGAAUGUCCUGUCGCCACGCACGCCGUACAGUCUAACGAGGAGCGCGUCACGCACGAGGAGCCGUCAUCAAUUAAUGAAUCCUAAGCGCAGCAGACGCGCCGCCCUCAACAGAUCCGACUGCGAGGACAACAGCAGCGGCGAGGAGGAAUUUUCUCAGACGAUCAGCAGGAGACUUCGGUCUUCCGUCGCACCGCGAGUCAACACGGAGCUACAAGCGAGUCUGGAUCGGCUGUACCAGGACGUGGAAAAAUUGAAAAUAUCUCGAGGCACGACGUCGUUCGCAGGAAUCGAGCCGAAACCCGCCGAAAUCCUCUUGCCGCCGCUUUCCGGCGGUACCGCCGGCGAAUUGGAUUGCAUCCUGUGUUGUCGCCUGCUCUGGAAACCCGUCACGACGCCGUGCGGUCAUACCUAUUGCUGGAUGUGCCUGGAUCGCUGUUUGGAUUACUCCUCGGCCUGUCCUCUGUGCGUCACAUCGCUUGCCGACUAUCUAGCCAGCAGUCAGAAGACCGUGACGGAUUUCGUGGAGAGAGCGCUUAAAACGGUGGCGCCCGCGGAGUACACCUCCAGAGCGAUGAGUCAUCAGCUCGAACUGGUCCAGGGACUGGGUCUUUUGGGUAACGAGCAGAUCGCUAUCUUCAUCUGUACGACCGCCUUCCCGUGCGUCGCCUGUCCUCUCUUCGUCUACGAGCCUAGAUACAGGCUGAUGGUCAGAAGAUGCUUGGAGAGCGGGGUGCGCCAGUUUGGCAUCGCCGCGUGUCUCAACAAGGACGCAACGGGCACAAAAAGAUACGCGGAAUACGGCACUAUCCUGGACAUUCGGGAUCGAGUAUUGCUCAAGGACGGUUGUAGUAUUCUCAGCACAGUCGGCGGUAAAAGAUUUAGGGUACUUUCCGGCGGGGAGAAAGACGGUUACGACACAGCACAGGUGGAAUUUCUCAGGGACACCGUCGUACCCGAGACUCAACUGCUGAAUCUUCUGGAGCUCCACGAUAAGGUACGAGCGAAAGGUCGGAGGUGGUGGGACACGGUGCCGGUCACGCAGAAAUCCGAGAUUCAACGAGUGUUCGGCCGUAUGCCGGACACGGAGGAGGACUGGCCGCGUCUGCCGGACGGCCCUUCGUGGGCAUGGUGGCUGCUGGCGAUCUUGCCGCUGGGGCCGCAGUUGCAAGUGGGCAUCCUCGGCACCACCAGCCUGGAGAAGCGGUUGCGAGCUAUUGAGAAGACACUCGAUCACAUGGAGCAGAGGCAGCCGACCGUCGCGGCCGCACCUUCCGAACGGACGACGACGUCGUCGAGCAUCUGCAUGGACGGGAGAGCAAUCACGUCAACGGCGAUCUCGGUCGUGCAGCAAUCGUAGAGGGCAAUUGAUGUGGGAGCAAUGAAUCGUCUCGACACUGUGAAAGCGAGCAACGUGUCGUCCCGCGACCUGGAGACGGGAUCGCGGAUUCCGCGUAUUUCGAGCGUUUCUAAACGGAAACUUCGACUAACGCGGAGCGACUCGGAUUAAUGUCGAGCGAUUCCGAUUGCGUUAAGGUACAUCGAGUGAUUUCUCAAUUUGAUAAUGGAAUAAGCUACAAGUGAAAUAUGCCACCCGACGAAAUCGGUCGCGAGGCAGAACCUUCAUUUCUCCAAUGACUGCGAAUUUUGAGAAGAUUUUUCAAUUUACUUCGAAUUUGUGUAUUCCUGAUCUUAACGACUUACAUAAUAGAGCGCCGACGACACACGGCAUUUUCUUUUCUCUUGUUUUUUUUUUUUACGUUUCUGAUAUUUUCCACGUCCAAGUUGCGGAAGGACAUUCGUCGGUCUCGCUGUAAGCUGUUAAUUUAGUCGGUCGAAUCUUUUCUACGUCGAUCUCUCGUUCGUUCUUCUCGCUAUGUGGUCCUUUCGAUCGAUCGACCCUACGACUCUAUUCGACGUACAAAGUAUCCGUAGGACGCGUAAACUCCCAGAAUGCUCUGCGAGAAAAUUGGGUCGAUCGAUCGAACCGCGAACGAACUCGUUCCCCGAUUUCGUUUCGGCGGGGGCUUUUUGCGAGCGACUUCUCUCUUUCUAGGUCUAAGUUAAGAGUUCCAGCCCGAGCACGUCCUUGCAUCCCGUGCUCGUGAAAUCUUCUGCAGAGCGUCUUAUCGAAGGGACGACGAUCAAAUAAGAGAGAUACGCUCGCUCGGAUCAGUGGGAAAUUUGUAAAUUUAGCAAGAGGAGCAAAAUUUGCCGAUGAUUUACGGUCAUGUCUCGAUGGUCGUUGACAUAUCUAAGAGAGAGAGAAAGAAUAUCGGGUCUCCUCGAUAAGGCGCACGCCAGUCCUCUUCGCGCUAUCGCAAUACGCAAAUCUGUUCUUCCAAAAUAUUAUACGAAUAUAUAUAU